AUGGCGGCUCUGUCUGUGAACCUGCUGGCAGUACUGAGUGCCGUCUUUCUUCCAGGUGACUUCGCUGGUUGUCCCAAUCCAGAUCUUAUUGCUAACACACCUGGGCAGAUUGAAGCUCUGUGUGGAUCUUGUUUGCAAAUCCCAUGUAGCUUCAAUUCAACACAUUAUACGUAUAACAACAGGAGACUCAUCUAUGGAGUUUGGUUGAAAAAUAUCUCAAAUUUCAAUGCCAAACCAAGCCCUGUUAUUUUCAACAGCAGUAGGUCAGUUAACAAAUAUUCACUGAAUAUGACUGGAAACCUGAGUGAGGAAAGUUACACCACUCUGUUUACUGAUUUAGAGACUAGUUAUACUGACAGUUACUUCCUCCGCAUCGAGAACGGGAAAUUUAAGGCAACAGAUGUUUGUCAUCCUCUUCAGAUAAAAGUUAGAGAUUCUCCUCAGAGUCCCAAUAUUAUUAUCCUCCCUGAUUUGAAGGAGCAUCAGUCUGUCACUGUAACCUGCUCAGCUUUCACUCCCUGUCCACAAUCACCUCCUGAACUCACCUGGAAUCUCCAACAAGACUCUCUCAGACAAACAGAGAAAAACACAAAUGGAACCUUUACAACUAAAAUCCAGGAGACCAUCACUCUGUCAGACACACAUGAUGGAUACAACAUCAGAUGUUCUGCUCAGUGGAGCUCACAUGAAACCCACCAUAGAGUCAGACGUGCUGCAGUAUGA